AUGGCUGGUCUUCCCGACCUCGAAGAGUGGUAUGCGGAUGCCAACGAAGCGCUCAACAUCAGCCUGGUGUCGCCGUCAAAAUCGGGCCUCAAGACCAUCGCGACGUUUCACCCCAAGUUCACGUUCUCCAUUUUCGGCGACGAUGAGAAAAUCUUCGGCUACAAGGACUUGAAGAUCAACCUGCGGUAUCGCGCCAACGACAUGCGCCCGCACCUGCGGGUCGCAUAUAGCAAGAAGAUGAAGCCUGUCGGCGAACAUGCGCCCACCGAUGUCGUCGGAAUUCUGGAGGAGGGGGGCCAUCUGCCAAAAGUCGCGUUUGUCAAGGGGUCGGACUUUGAAGACAGCUCGCAGCAGCUCGGCGACAACUGGACUCCGCCCGGAACGCUGUACCAAAGCUUCGAUGGCUCCGAUGGCCAGUACGAAGUUCGCACGGCAAGCCUUGUCGACCCUGCUGUCAAGCAGCUCAACAGCCGCAUUCAAAUAUUCGCUCGCCUCUUCAUCGACGGAGGCUCGUACAUUGGCGAGGAUCGAGAGGCGGCCCCUUCAACAACGUUGGAUCUCUCCGAUGCCGACAAGUGGACCUUCUUCUUGCUCUACCGCAAGCAAAAAUCGGUUGAGGAUCCAGAGAAGAGCUCAUAUACCUUUGUGGGCUACGCCACGGUCUACCGCUUCUUUUACUUCCCAGCGAUACCGACGCCGCCCACUUCUCCGACGGAAAACUGGGAGCUGCCAGCGGGCGACAUGGAUUUGUCCGAACUUCCGUGCAGAACAAGGCUCUCGCAGUUUAUUAUUCUGCCGCCGUUCCAAGGCAAGGGCAACGGCGCGCACCUUUACAACGCCGUCUUCAAAUACUACCAUGAUCACCCCCCGACGCAAGAGUUUGUAGUUGAAAACCCCAACGAGGCGUUUGACGAUUUGCGCGAUUGUUGCGACUUGACGUUCCUGCGAAGCAUGCCCGAAUUCAAAGAGCUUCGCCUCGACACCAAGGUGACUGUUCCCAAGUCCGGGCCUGUGCCUCCCCUCAUCGUUGGGCAGGAAAACCUCGAAAAGAUUCGGCUAAAGGCCAAGAUUGCCCCUCGGCAGUUCUACCGGGUGCUGGAAAUGCAUCUCAUGUCCCAGCUGCCACGAUCAGUUCGGCCAACCAUGUCACUCGAUGACGACGUUCCGUCCCCCACAGCUGCGGACAAGCACCAGGAAAAGCUGUGGCAGCUCAUUGUCAAGCAGCGGUUAUACCGCCACAACAAAGAAGCGCUCUCUGAAUUCGAUAUUGGUGAGAGGAUUGAAAAACUGUCAGAAACGCUGGGCAGCGUGGAGCUGGAAUACGCCAGGAUUCUGGCACUUCACGAGCGUGCUAUGAAGCACUCCGUUCCGUCUAAUGGAAAGCGGAAAGCGGAUGACGACCUGGACGGACACAUGGAGGAGGCAACGUCCAGCAAGAAGGCUAGGGUGGAGGACGCAUAA